UUGAACUCAUCUUACAUGUGUUCAAAUGUGUCGAUAGAAAGAAUAACGCGAGGAAGAGCUUGCAACGGGACAGUUCAAGAGGCCACUGGACAACUAUGAAGCUACUUCACCCAUCAAAGAGCCUCCUUUAUAUGCUCCUAACCUUUGGACCCUUUCUAGGUGGGAUGUUGAUCCCUGUUGCAGUGAACAUUGGGGAUACUGCGAUUUUCACUUGUAAUGAGACAUGUAAUGGACAUCUCUUAUGGACUUUCCACACUAACAAUGAAAAUCUGGAAGUUUUAAAAUGUAUCCAAGAGAUUUGCACCAAAGGAGACCACUUUAAGAACAGAGUGAGCCUUAAGCCUGGAAACAUGUCUCUAGGCCUGUAUCCUGUUCUGUACAAUGAUGAAGGCUGGUACAUGGUCAAAUGUGAUUCAGUGUUUCGCUGUGAAUUCCACUUAGAAGCUCUUGUACCAACUACUGUGAUCACCUCAGUCAGAAGCAACGUCACACUACCCUGCUACGCACGCACAGAGAAACGAAUUACUGAUGAUGCUGUGAACAUCCUGUGGAAAAAAGAUGGCCAAACGGUGUUACAAGUUCAAAAAGGAAUUACAACAUAUGGCUCAGGUUUUACAGGCAGGGCAUCAAUUUCACUUCACCAUUAUAAGCACGGAGAUCUUUCCCUUAACAUGCUCAGGGUCACCACAUCAGAUAAGGGAUUGUACCAGUGCUAUCACAGAACUACAGAAGAACUGGGUUAUCCUGGUGCUGUCACUCUCAAUGUUACAGCUGAUCAAAAGUUCUAUACAAAAAAGUUUGGUGGAAAUCUCACCCUGGACCUGUUUGGCUCUGACCGUGUAAAGGUAACUUUCACCGGUCACAUGAACACUUGA